CAGACUCCGCCUUCCUUACAGUACGUCAUUGGCGAGUAACAGCGAAGGGGAGUCACUCCCCUGCCUACUUUUAAUAGCUUUGUCAUGUGAUGGAAAGCAGUUGUAAGACAGGUGCCCUCGGUUCAUUGUCAGUGAGGGGCGCGAGGGAACGAGUGGAUUUUCUCUUUUGCCCGUGAUUUCUUUUUUAUUUUUUCGUACCGUCAUUCAGGGGCUGGAUGGCGUGGGACAGGUGUAAUCAGGAUUCGGUGUGGAGAGAACUAGAGUGUGCUGCCUUGGUUGGUGAAGACCAGCCCCUUUGCCCUGACCUGCCUGAGCUUGACCUCUCUGAGCUGGAUGUCAGUGACCUCGAUGCAGAUAGUUUUCUGGGAGGACUCAAGUGGUACAGCGACCAAUCAGAAAUCAUUUCCAGUCAGUAUGGCAAUGAAGCAUCGAAUCUGUUUGAGAAGAUAGAUGAGGAAAAUGAGGCCAACUUGCUGGCAGUGCUCACAGAAACCCUGGACAGUAUCCCAGUGGACGAAGACGGGUUGCCUUCGUUCGAGGCCCUGGCAGAUGGGGACGUGACCAAUGCCAGUGAUCAGAGCUGUCCUUCCACCCCAGACGGCUCGCCACGCACCCCAGAGCCAGAGGAGCCUUCCCUGCUGAAGAAGCUCCUCCUGGCGCCUGCUAACUCCCAGCUCAGCUAUAAUCAAUACCCAGGUGGCAAGGCACAGAACCAUGCAGCCAGCAACCAACGGAUCAGACCAACACCUGCUGUUGCCAAGACAGAAAACCCCUGGAACAGUAAACCACGAGGGUCCUGUUCCAACCGGUCCGUGAGACGCCCUUGCACUGAGCUGCUCAAGUACCUCACCUCUAGCGACGAGGCCUUCCAGACCAAAGCCAGGGAAGCCAAGAGCACCUGGACAGGUUGCGGCAAGGACAGGGGAGGGGCUUGCACAUCCUCCUGCUCAUCUUCUUCCUCUCCAUCGUCCUCGUCCACCUCCUCUUUCUCCUCCCUGUCGUCCUGCUCCUCUUCCACCGCCUCCAAAAAGAAGACGUCCUCUGCCUCCCCAUCAUCACAGCAGCAGCAGCAGCAGCAGCAACAGCAGCAGCAGCUGGCAGUGCAGGCCCAGCGAGGUGAGAGCCAGGCAGCCGGCACGUGUAGUGUGGCUGGUGAGGGGGCGGGGAAGUGGCGGCGGUGUACUCAAGGGGAGCACUCCGCCCCCGUUGCGCUGUCCCAUGGAGGCGGCUGUGGCCAUGCCUGCUCCGGCGAAGAGGGAAGGCCGCCAGGCCCGCAGCCAGGUGUUGACCCAGGCAGCUUGGCCGCUGCCCGCUUUAUUAGGUACAUGCACUCUUACUCUCUCCCGCCUAGAGAGACGGGUCAUGCAGGCAGCUGUGGUCAUUGCCUUGAGGCAGGCGGCUUGGCUGAGGCUGGCCGUGCUAACAGGCACGUCACGGUGACCAUUAGGAAAAGGAGGCAAGAGCUAGAGCACCCCAUGCUCAGUCAGCUGCUCACCUCCAGGCCCAGGCCGGCCCGAUACCGGGCUCACCUGCAGUUGCCCAGUGUCCCCCAGAGUAAAAGGCGAGACCUAGCUGACACGGCUUCCAGAGUCCAAAAGAGCCAGGGACGCUUAGACCGAGCUAGUCGCGAGCACCCUAGAAAGGCACCUAGUUUACACGAGCAGGCAUUUAGCGUCGCCGACAAGAGCGAUCUUGAGUGUUCAGCAGAGCUUAAAUUAGACCUACUAGAGAGUUGGUUAAGCAUGCCAGAACAGGUGACAGGAGACAUGAGCUUGCAUGAUCUGGUGGGCCAGGCCGGGGAGGAUGUUUUUGAUGAUGUCAUAGGCAGCCCCAUGUCAUUCUCACAGGGCCUGCCAAGCCCAUUGUUCCCAGACUCUUUAGUUCCAGAGCGCACGCCCUCCGACUCACAAAAACAGGCACUCCGCAGGCACCUCGAUGACCAAGUCCCACCAAUGUUAGCCAAACCAACCAUCUUGCCACUUCCUUUGACCCCAGAGUCUCCAAAUGACCACAAGGGAUCUCCGUUUGAGAACAAAACCAUUGAACACACAUUGAGUGUGGAGAUCUGUGGAACCCCAGGUCUGACACCACCUACCACGCCUCCUCACAAAGCCAGUCAAGAGAACCCUUUCAAAGUAUCACUCAAAAACAAGUUGUCUUCAUGCUCUCCCUCGGCCCUGACAAGCAAAAGGCCCAGGCUGAGCAAUGGGGGCUCUUGCCCUCAGCCAACCAGCGGCUCUAUUCGGAAGGGCCCAGAGCAGACUGAGCUCUAUGCCCAGUUGAGCAAGGCAUCCUCUACAAUGCCCCUAGGGGGCUUGGAGGAGCGUCGGGGCAAGCGGCCCAUGCCCCGCGUCUUUGGCGAUCACGACUAUUGCCAGUCUACAAGCACAAAACGAGACAGCACCACCACAGCUGCAGCGGUAACUGGGCCAACAGAGGGCCGGCAUGUGGAAUGUAAAGACUCGAACAUGCCGACCUCCUCUACUUCUACAUCAUCGUUGUCUUCCGCCUCCCCUUCGUCUUCCUCUCUAGCCAGGCAGCUUCAGGGCCUUUCCCCCAAAGCUCAGGAGGCUUGUCCGGACACGGAUGCUCACGGACAGGACCACGACUCCACUUCGGGCUCCAAAGCGUCAGCGGACGGCAGUUCUGCUGGCAGGAAACUACUUAGGGACCAGGAGAUCCGGGAAGAGCUCAACAAGCACUUUGGAAAGCCUCAACAAGCCUUCUACAGCGGGGUAGUGGGAGAGCAGAGGGGCAUCCGGCCUCUCGAGGACAGUGACUCUGGGGACGAGUACCCCGGUCUUCUCGAUGACUACAUACACCCAGGUCUGCCUGACUUUGAGGACCUGGAGGUAGGCCGGGAGCGCCUGUUCUACUUGGGGGAAGGUUCUCCACUCGAGCUGCUCCUCGAAGGGUCACCCUCCAGCUCCCCUUCCAGCAGUUCAUUCUCAUGGAGCUCUGUCUCGCCUCCUUCCACUCAGCUCUCCCCACAGCACCUCCGCUGGCCACGCUCCAUCCCACGCUCCCGCUCCCGUUCCUCAUCUCACCACAGACGCAGAUCCCUCUCCAGGUCUCCAUACUCCCGCUCCGAGUCUCCCGACAGCCGUUCUCCCUCUCGGUCUCCUCACAAUAUGGACAAUAGCACUUUUAUUCCCAGGAUUUAUAGAAGCCCUCAGUCCCAAGCUCAUUCUAUUUUUGGUCGGAGACCCAGGUAUGACAGCUACGAGGAAUACCAGCACGAGCGUCUGAAGCGGGAAGAGUACCGCCGUGACUACGAGAAACGGGAAUGCGAGAGGGCCGAGCAGAGGGAGAGACAACGGCAAAAGGCAAUAGAGGAGAGGCGAGUGGUGUAUGUGGGACGUCUUCGUGCCGACAGCACACGCACAGAGCUCAAACGCCGCUUUGAAGUCUUCGGCGAGAUUGAGGAGUGCACAGUCAACUUGAGACAUGACGGGGAUAACUUUGGCUUCAUCACCUACCGCUACACUUGUGAUGCGCUCGCUGCCCUUGAGAAUGGACACACCCUGCGCAGGUCGAAUGACCCUCACUUUGAGCUUUGCCUUGGUGGACAAAAGCAGUACAGUAAAUCGAAUUACACAGACUUAGAUUCCCAUUCUGACGACUUUGAUCCAGCCUCCACUAAAAGCAAGUACGACUCCAUGGAUUUUGACAGCUUGUUGCGAGAGGCCCAGUAUAGCCUGAGAAGGUAAUGAGCUGCACCGCUGCACCAGCUGGCUGCAAAGAGAGGGAUUCGCAAUACCUCACUGUUGUUUCUGUUCUUUGAAUACAAGACUACAAGACGUUUUACACUUUAUCUAAGCGGAAAGAGUAUAUAUGUGGAUGGAAAAAAAGCUCUACGUAUAUGAAGGGAUAUAUAUAUAUAUAUAUAUAUAUAUGUAUAUCUGCAAGCAAAGUUUACAUGAACCUAGCUGCUGCAACGCCGAGGAGAGACUUUACCUGUGGGAAUAGCCAGCGAAGCGGCGGACGCUGCUUUAGUGGACUACACAGACCCGCGUGCCGCUCUGGAAGAGACACGAAUCUUCGUCCGGAGUUCGCUCCGCGUGACCCUCGGCACUUUCGAGAGGUGAAGAGCGCAGCUCGUUCAGUCUGUUUUUAUUGUUUGGAGUUUAUUUUUGUGGGCUUUUUUCUGUUCCUUUUUUAAUCUGGUGUUUGGAUGUGGUGUUACACUGUCGAGAAGGGUUUGGGGAAAAUCUCUCGGAUGUUCAAGGUAACGUCGUCUACAUUUCUGGAGGGGGGACAAAUGUAGUCGCCUAUUUACAAAAUGAAUAUUUUUAUUUGAUGUGCAUAUCAGCGUUCUUUGUUUGUUACAGCUAUGCACUGUAAAACGCAGCCUUUUUAAGACAAAAUUUUCUUAAUCGAGAAUGUUGAUCUGUAGUCAUUACGAUGAUGUAUAACCUACAUGGCGUUUAGAUGACGUGAUUUGAUUGUAAAAAAAAUAUGUAUGGAGAUUUAUCGCUCUUUUUUGGGGGAGCAUGCAACAGUUUUUUCUUUCGUUUUUUUCUUUCGUUUUAAAACUCCAUGUGCUCCAUCCAAUUUUGAAGUUAAUAACUCAGUGUUUUCCGUAUAUACAUGCAGUGUGUAAGAUAGAGUUUAUGUUCACUAUUGUGUAAAAAAAGAAAAAGAAAAAAAGAUAAGCCCCGAGAUAUUUUUUUAUCCCUUAUGUCUUGAAGGAAUCAAGAGCUUUUAUUUAAUUUCUGUGCACACGAAUCAUUGUUAUUGUUCCUGUUUGAUAAUACACUUUCACAGAGAUGAUUACUCUUCUAACACAGAAUUACUCAUGCUUAUUUAUGUAUUUAUCUCAGUAUUCUAAUCAAAAUAUUUAUGGCAGCCAUCUCACGUGAUGCGCCUUACAAAUUUUGCUAUUUAUAUUAUUUGUUAUUCAACAAUCACUGGAAAGGAUGUAAAUUUAAAAGAAAUAUCGUUUUUAUAUAUGCCUUCAGAGAUAGAACAAAAAAAAAAAUUGUAUAAAUCACAUUUUAGGCUCAUGAUGAACUUUGCUGCUCCAAACUCAUUUGUUUUUCUAGCUCUGAAACACUUUCAUCCCCCUUUUUCAUCUCUUUUUUUAUUACAUGAAGCAAUAAAAUAAUUUUGCAGGUAUUUUGUUGUACCACAGAAAAUCUGUGUCUUUGCUCCACACUUUUGAUUAUGUGAAUGCCAAACUGAAGUUUACAAUUUUCUUUCCUGACUUUUUUAAAAAGAAGAAAAAAAGAUGUAUUUGAUGUAAAAAAAAAAAAAAAAAAAAAAAAAUUAAUAUAUAUAUAAUGAUGCUAAUCUUGUCAUUACUCACAAUAACUCAAAAUAAUGAAAAGUAAUAAUGAAAAAUGAAAAUGUGAAUUUAAAAAAAAAAAAUGAUAAUAAUAAAAAAGCAAUAAAUUAUUUUUCAAAGCUGUAUUUUAGCUCAUGUUGUUGUAUGGUUUUAGACAUGACAGACUACCCAGACUCUGUUCAAGCGCGAGGAUCCAUUCCAGUGCCUCCACAAAGAUCGUCAGACCGCCGUCGGAAAGAGAAAUAGCUUGCGUAUGUGUGAGUGUGAAAGAAGAACUCAAUACAAGCAAUGACUCAAAGGGUUAAAAAGCCAAAAAUUGCAUCUAUGAGAUCAAGUCUCUUUCCAAAGCGAGAGCUAUUUUUGUCUUUGCUGUGGUUUGAAGGUACCUCAGAGGAACUGUAAAUAAUUCAGAUCGCCCAAAUACGACAGGCCUUUGUCACUGACACUUGAAGUAACCUUUCUUUGUCAAUUAAGGACAAGUUUUCUUGUUGUGCUGAUGUGUUUUUGAAUGCGAAACCCAUAAUAAAAGAAUCACAGCGUAAACGUCCGGUUUCCGCACUGAAAGAGGCAUCGACAGAGCGUUGGUUUGUGCACAGAGCUUGGGUACGGCGUCAUGUCGCGUUCGAUAUGUGUGGCUUUAUUCAUUGCAACGUGUCUGUUGCAAAUCUGCUUUGUAAAUUGCUGUAGCAAUAUGUUACGACACCUGAUGAGGUGUAUCUUUUGGAGUGGCAGACUUUUUACCAUAGUAAAAACUACUGAAGGAUUUUGCCACCGCUUUGGAUGAUUUUUUUUUUUUUCUUUCUUUUUUUUCUUUUUUUUUGUGUUUCAUGAAGAAGCAGAUCUAUCAAAAUGAGGCUGUGUGUGGUUUUGUGUGUGGAUUUGAUAGAGUGUGUGUGUAUUGGGGGUCAAGGGGACUGUGUUUGGCUGUUAUCUUCUAUCUGUCUCCUAUCCAUGUUGCCUUCUGCUGAGUCCUAACCAAUGCCUUUGUAGUUGUACGUAUUGUACAAUCUUUGUUGUGAAUUUUCUUUUUUUAUGUGUAGUUUUCAUCAGCCUCACCAUGCCAAUAAAGGGAAUUGUGUCUAA